CUAGUUCACAGACAUGAAUCAUGUAUAAUGAUAUCAGUACCUCCUGAUGGGUGUGUAAUAAUUCCACUGGUUUAUUCUGUUUGUAGAUGCUGUGACAAUGGAGUUAAGCUGCGCUGAACUACCUCUUUAUGGACAGGUGACUAUACAUGCAAAAUUUGACAAGGACAUUUACCUCCCAGAGGACGCCGAAUUUUACUUUGUUUAUGGUGGAUCCCUGAAAAGAUACAUAAUGUUUGCUGAGCGAGUUAGUGACAGUGCUCUUCAGUCCAUAGUUCCAGAGUCUAAACAUAAAGAAACUCUUCUCCAGCUUGUGAUCAAAUUGGGCUUGGUUAAGCUUUCGCUGUUCCUGGAAGCCCAGCCUGGAGGGUCAUUGGCAUUAGCAUUAUCUAGUGAGGAGGGAGCAACACCAUUAGAUUUGGCUUUACAACAUGAACACUCCAAACUAGUUGAGGCCUUCGCAAAAGUAUUAAUUCCAACCAAGUUGAGACAGUGGAAGGUCCAAAAAUACCCUGCAGUACAACAAGCUCUGUAG